UUUUCCUGGGCAUUGCCGCGGUAGAGACGUCAGUUGUCGCGCGCUGUGACAGCGAGGACUAUUUUGACACACUGCGACAGUAGGAAGGCGCCGCAGGGAUGCAGCUUGUCGCACGGCUGGUGAUGCUGGCCGCGGUCGCCGUCUGCGUCUGUUCAGGACCAGUACGGAGAGACCUGAUGGACCAGGACAUGUACAUGGAACAGAUCACGGAUCUUCUCAAUGGCCUCACUGAUCACGUGGCAGAUGCUGACGAACACAUCCAGGAAGUCAGGGACAAUGAAGAGGAAGAAACUGCUGACGCGGAAACUGAUGAUGACAAGGUGAUGAUAGAUUUCGCAUCACUGCUUCAAGCCAUCGACGAGGACGAUCAUGAGCGAAGGGCCGAUGAAGAAGACAGCGUAUCUGAUAGUGAGAACAAGGUUGACCACGACGAGUUCGGAGACACGAUAACCGUACAUCUGACGGACCUGGACCAAGCUGAUGAUGAGGAAGAACAGGGUCUGAGGGGACUUCCCGAAGACGAAUCUGUUUCCCUGCCGGAGUUUCUCCCGCUCGUCUCCCUACCGGAGUCUUCUGAGGAGCUUAACGAGCAUGAAAAGAAAGGCUGUAAUGAUGGUUGCCCAGGCUCGGCUCAACCUGCCGAGGAUUCUCCAAAACGAGGCGUUUACAUCAACAUAGGCGGACCUGGAGGAUACCCAUCAGGCGGGAACAGCGGAACCAGUGGCCAAGGUGCAAUCAACGUCAUCAAUAACCAGAUCUCCGUGUACGGAGGGGCCGGGGACGACGGGUGCUGCCACAAGUGCUGCGCCGCGCCUCCUUGCGGCUGCAAGGGAAGCCCCGUACCAGUUCCUGUUCCAGUACCGGUACCUGUCCCUGCCCCUAUACAAAAGGCACCUCCUGCUCCAGAUAUCGACGACUGUUCUCCGAACCCUUGUCAAAACGGAGCGAAGUGUAAGGACAUCGGGGACAAGUACCAGUGUGUCUGUCAGCUGGGAUUCACCGGAGACCGCUGCGAGACCAAUGUUGACGACUGCAGCCAGAAUCCCUGUGAAAAUGGCGGGAAAUGUGAAGAUCUGGUCAACGGCUUCAAAUGUAAAUGUGCAAAGGGCUAUUCCGGCAACGUGUGUGAAGUCGACGUUGAUGACUGCGCCGGAAAACCUUGCCAAAACGGUGCCGAGUGUGUGGACAAGGUAGACAGGUUUCAAUGCAAAUGUCUGAAGGGAUUCGCUGGAGAACUCUGCGAAACGAAUGUUGAUGACUGCGCUGGCAAUCCGUGUCAGAACGAAGGCACAUGUAAGGACCAGGUGGACGGGUACCAGUGCGUCUGUAAGCUGGGAUUCGCCGGCAAUAACUGCGAAACAAAUGUCAAUGACUGUAAGGACGACCCUUGUCAGAAUGGUGGCAAGUGUGAGGACCAAGUGAAUGGCUACAAGUGCAUUUGUGCAAAGGGAUUCCACGGAAACAACUGUGAGAUCAACGUAGACGACUGCGCCGGAAAGCCGUGCCAGCAUGAUGCCGAGUGUGUGGACAAGGUGAACGGGUUUGAAUGCAGAUGUACUAAAGGAUUCGCUGGAGACCUGUGCGAAACGGACGUGAAUGACUGCGCCGAUAACCCGUGUAAGAACGAGGGCACCUGUACGGACAAGGUGGGCGGGUACGUGUGCACCUGCAAGCUGGGAUUCGCCGGAAACAACUGCGAAAUAGAUGUCAAUGACUGCGAAGACGAGCCUUGUCAGAACGGUGGCAAGUGUAUAGACAAGAUUAACGGCUACGAGUGCGAAUGUGCAAAGGGGUUCUCCGGUAACGCAUGUGAAGUCAACAUAGACGACUGCGCGGGAAAGCCAUGUAAAAAUGAAGCCGAGUGUAGAGACAAGACGGACGGGUUCGACUGUAUCUGCCGCCCGGGCUUCGCUGGAGUUCUCUGUGGCACAGAUGUUGACGACUGUGCAGAGAGCCCGUGUCAAAACGAAGGCACGUGUAAGGACCAGGUGAACGGGUACAAGUGCACAUGCAAACUGGGAUUCGCCGGUGUUAACUGUGAAACAAACAUCGACGACUGUAAGGACAACCCGUGUCAGAAUAACGGCGAGUGUGUGGACAAAGUGAACGGCGUGGAGUGUGUGUGUAAGAAGGGAUACUCCGGCAACCUGUGUGAACUCAAUAUCGACGACUGCAAAGACCAGCCGUGCCAUAACGGUGCAGCCUGUACGGCCCUGGUGGACGACUUCACCUGCGUCUGUCCUGCGGGAUACGCCGGCAAACUCUGCGAAACAAAUGUGAAUGACUGUGAAAACAACCCAUGCAAGAACGGAGGGAAGUGCAAGGACAAAGUGAACGCCUUCGAGUGCGAAUGCGCGGAGGGAUUUGUCGGAAACCUGUGUGAACUCAAUGUAGACGACUGUGCGGACAACCCGUGUCAGAACGAAGGAACAUGCACAGAUAAGGUCAACGGGUUCACAUGCACCUGUCCGGAGGGUAUCACCGGAGACCUGUGUGAAAAGACGGUUGUCGCCUCGGCAGUCUUCCCACCGAAACCAAAGAGUGCGGCCCAAGUUCAGUCUGCUCCUCCACAGGCCCCAGCCCCAGUAGAGCAGCCGGCACCGGUUGAGAGCUCCAGUCAGACCCAGUCUGAGACUGUGGUGCAAUCCGAAGAGACCCAGCAGGUGCAAUCCGAAGAGACCCAGCAGGUGCAAUCCGAGCAGACUCAGCAGGUGCAAUCCGAACAGACUCAGCAGGUGCAAUCCGAAGAGACUCAGCAGGUGCAAUCCGAGCAGACUCAGCAGGUGCAAUCCGAGCAGACUCAGCAGGUGCAAUCCGAAGAGACUCAGCAGGUGCAAUCCGAGACGCAGAUGCAAUCCGAGACUCAGGUGCAAUCCGAGACUCAGGUGCAAUCCAGUGAGACUCAGCAGGUGUCUGGAGAGUUGGAAAUCGACUGUGCCAAGUGGCAGACCUGGUACAGCGACAUCAAGACCAAGGUCGGAGACGCCGCGUUCAAGACAAUCAUGCAAACAUGUCGGCCGGUCGUCUGCCGGGAUGCAGCCUUCAAGACGACUUAUGCAGACAUGUUCACAACCAUCGACUGUGCUUCUUAUCUCCUCACCCUCAGCAGCAAGACCGAGACUCAAGAAAUGAAACUGGACUGUGCAGAGUGGCAGGAUUGGUACACCACAGUGAAAGAAAAACUGGACGCAGCGCAUUUCCAGAAUGUUCUGAGGACCUGUCGACCGGCUGUCUGCAAGGAUCCUGCGUUUAAAGAAACAUACGCAGAUGUCUUCAACACCAUCGAGUGCGCCUCCUUCUUGCUAACACUAUCAAGCUCGAGCAAGACUACUACUAAGACUACGCAACUGGCUUCCAUCCUGGGAGCUCUGCCGAUGCAGGUGUUGAAGUUGAUGUUUAAGGGCUCGUCUCAGUUAGAUGAGGCCCAUUCCGUGCUGAUGGGCCGCCUGGGAAGCCAGUCUUACUGGGCCCCGGCUACCAACGACGUCAACCAGUACAUGCAGAUAAACCUGCUGCAGACCACCACGCUUGCCGCCAUCGCUCUCCAAGGCUCAGGCGACAGUUUCGUCAAAACCUUCAAGCUACUCCACAGCGUGGACGGCGAAACAUGGACUGAAUACAAGGAGACUCUAACGGGAAGUAAGGACGGCACGGCGGUGACCACAGUGCAGCUCACCACGCCCAUCACCGCCCAGUACAUCCGGAUCGUGCCCCUGACCUGGGGACCGGGCGGCAUCGGGCUCAAGACUGAGGUCUACAUCUCGGCUGCUCUUGCCGCCAGCUUCACCUCUAAACUCCAGACGAUCGUCACAAAGAUAAUACAGACGAAGACGAAGACAGUCACCAAGCAAUUCGCGGCCAUCCUGGCGGCCAUCCCGCCCCAGGCCCUGACCAUCGUCCUGAAGGCCUCCUCCGAGCUGGACGCGGAGCACGCUGCCACCACGGCCCGUCUGGGCUCCGAGUCCUUCUGGCAACCAAAGACUGACGAUGCAAACCAGUACCUACAGAUCAACCUUGGCCAGUCCACCACUAUUGCUGCUCUAGGCCUGCAGGGGUCCGGGGAGCGUUACGUCGCCACCUUCAAGCUGCAGUACAGUGUGGACGGGGAGAAGUGGACGGACUACGCCGGGGAAGAUGGCACCGCUCUGGUGUUACAGGGCAGUAAGGACGGCACGGCAGUCACAACUCUCCAGCUGCCUAAAGCCAUCACCGGGCAGUACAUCCGCAUCAUCCCCGUCAGCUGGGGCACCGGCGGCAUCGGGCUCAGGACCGAGGUCUACAUCACUGCCGCUGCUGCUGCAAGCUACAGGCCGACAUUUAAAAUCGUCCAGAAGUCGACACAAACCCAAACCAAAACCACACAACUGGCAGCGAUCCUUGCGGCCAUCCCGCCCCAGGCCCUGCCGAUCGUGCUGAAGGCCUCCUCAGAGCUGGACGCCGAACACGCCGCCAUCAAGGCCCGGCUCAGCAGCGGGUCUUUCUGGGCCUCGGCUACUAAUGACCAAGAACAGUACCUGCAGAUCAACCUCGGCCAGAGCACACAGAUCGCUGCCCUGGGCCUGCAGGGCGGAGAAGGCCGCUGGGUGGCGACUUUCAAGAUCCAGUUUAGCGCUGACGGAGAGACCUGGACCGACUACAAGGCCGGCAAAGAGGCGGCCGUGGUUAUUGAAGGAAACAAGGACGCCUCUGCGGUGGUGACCAUGCAGCUUCCCCAGCCCAUCACUGCUCAGUACCUCCGCAUCAUCCCUGUCACCUGGGGGGAGGGCGGCAUCGGGCUCAGGCUGGAGGUCUACAUCACUGCAGCUGCAGCCGCAAGCUACAGACCAACCUUCCAAAUCAGCAAGACACAGACCCAGACCCAGACCAAAACCACACAACUGGCAGCGAUCCUUGCGGCCAUCCCGCCCCAGGCCCUGCCGAUCGUGCUGAAGGCCUCCUCAGAGCUGGACGCCGAACACGCCGCCAUCAAGGCCCGGCUCAGCAGCGGGUCUUUCUGGGCCUCGGCUACUAAUGACCAAGAGCAGUACUUGCAGGUCAACCUCGGCCAGAGCACACAGAUCGCUGCUCUGGGCCUGCAGGGCGGAGAAGGCCGCUGGGUGGCGACUUUCAAGAUCCAGUUCAGCGCGGACGGAGAGACGUGGACCGACUACAAGGCCGGCAAAGAGGCGGCCGUGGUUAUUGAAGGAAACAAGGACGCCUCUGCGGUGGUGACCAUGCAGCUUCCCCAGCCCAUCACUGCUCAGUACCUCCGCAUCAUCCCUGUCACCUGGGGGGAGGGCGGCAUCGGGCUCAGGCUGGAGGUCUACAUCACUGCAGCUGCAGCCGCAAGCUACAGACCAACCUUCCAAGUCAGCCAGACACAGACCAAGACUAAGUCCUCAUCCAAACAGCUUGAUUGUGCACAAUGGUCCACCUGGCUGGAGGCCAUGAAGGCCCACCCUCAGUUUGCAGUGAUCAUGAAAACGUGUGCACCGCUGACCUGCAAGGACGCUGCCUUCCUGAAAACUGAGCUGGCCGCAACAUACUGCAAGAGUAAGCGUGUUCAGGAAGAGGUGGAGCUAGAAGCCGACAGCGAGGGCCUGACGGCUACUGUGGACGACGUGGAUGAAGAACUGGAGGAGAAACUGGGGCUUCUGAACAAGAUCAGCAGCAUGAGGAGCACCCUGCAGCAGCUCCUCCAGCGAGCUCGCGGAGUGGUCGGCAUGUAGCGCCACCUGGCGACUUGAUAUUGCACCGCACCAUUACCUAUCUAAUAGUGCAAUGCUGUCACUCAAGUUGAAAAAGCAACUUUAAUACGAUUUGUUUAAGUAUUCGGUGAAUAUGUAUUUUUUUCUAGUUUAAGUAAUAAAGAUUUAAGAACAAUAUUGACAAUGCGAGAAACAGUGUAUCUUUAAGAUCCUUUCAUCUUUAAGAUUCUUUUAUCUUUAAGAUGAUAUGCAGCGUCUUGUCAUUCGUCAUAAAUAAUUCUAACUUAUUAAAUAUGCUGUUCUGUACUUGUGGCUUCUUGACUUAAGCUUCGAUUCGGAAUAUAAGUGUCUUCUGAUUUUCGCUGCAUAUAGGGAUAGGUUUCAGAGUAGUACAGAACUGAUCUUACAUAUAUUUAAAAUGAUAGCCGGACGAAAGGUGCUUUAUGAACAUUAGCAUUAAACUAUAGCAUGCCAUUAGGACGGUAGUACUUUGUCACUAUAGCUUAACUUCUCUAGUUAGAAAUAAGUUUUACAUAGUUUGGUGAAAAUAAGGUGUCACAGAAGGAAAUGUAGGUUUGCACAAAUAGACUGUGUGUAUGCCCAUAGGACGUGUGUAACAAGGACUGAUAUACCACAACGUUGUUAUGUUCAGUUUCUUUUUAUUAUUUGGCAAGGCAUGGAAUGAGAAAAGUAGGCAGUACUAACAAAAGAACUGAGGAUGAGUUGCAAACAUAAUGAGUUGAUAAAAUCUUGACUGUAAGACUGUGGUACCAAAUAAAAUGUGGGGA